AUGGAUAAUCUCAGCUUUGAAUUUAAAAAUAAAAGAUCUCUGAGUGGGAAUCACGAAGUGCAAUCUGGUGCCGACAAUCCGAAUGAAAAUAACGAUAACGGCUACACAUCAGGAUCUUUUUGUGAUAAUAAUGAAGAUUCUGUUAAAAUAAACACGGAAGGAGGCCAAACUUCGUUCCAUGGUGAAUUAGAAAGCGUAACAGGCUCAAAUGAUAACGAAUUCAAAUUCAUUGAACUUGAAACGUACAGAAUCAUAAUUACAAAGGUGUAUAAAAUAUUUUCUUCAGAAAAUUACGAUAAAUUUGAUAGCCCUUUUGAAAAAUUAGAAGGUAGUGAUUCCAAGGAUAAUGACGGAGACUCAUCCGUUGCAAGUUCAAAAUCUGAAAAGUCUAUUGAUUCACUUAGAGUAAAUUUAGAUUCUCAAAUUUCAUUGAACAGCGCCACUGUUGGUGAUAAUUCUAUUGGUAGUGGAAGAAUGGAAUCAUAUAAAACUACGAACACUUCUGUAGAAUCUGAUGUUGAUAAAUCUCCUUUAAUAAAGGUGGAGCCCACUUUCAAGUAUAACACAAAAGGAACAGACUAUUCUGAUGUGCUGAGCACCAAGGUCGAGGGACCAGCUGAUUGUACUGUAUAUAAUCAGGACUCGACUCCUAGUAGGAGUCUCGAAGUCAAUUCAGAUAAUCCUCACGGCAGUGCCAAUGAGAGCAUGGAUGAUGUAGCUUCUGAUAAUUCAGUUACAGGAUACAGUGAUAUUUACUUUAAUGAAGUUAAAUCUACAGACGGUAAAGUGGGAUAUAAGAUAGUCAAAUUAAAAGGUGAUGAGGAAGUGAAUUAUGGAUCUGAUGCUGGAGACCAAGAUGUGGUUGGGAUUAGUGAGUACACGCCAAACAAUGAUGGAGGCACUGAUCACCGGAGUGGGUUCGAUAACAUUUCGAAGAAAGAUUUGGAUGAAGGUUUUGAUGUGCCAGACUAUAGUCCAACGCACAAAACAUACAACUACAUUCCGACGCCUGACUGCCAUGAUGAUGCUGGCGUCUGUGGUGGCGAGCUGACGAACUUGAUUAGGGGCACCGGGAGACUACACGGAUUUAAAAUAAACAACAGGGGAGUGAACGUGCCGCUCUUCCUCAAUGUCGGAACCAGAGAAAGCGUGUACUCAGGCCAGGCGUUCGUAUCUAAUACGAAGAUCGGCCUGUUUAAAAUCUCGGUCGUGGAGCCCAUUGAGCCCAAGGUUAACCUGGCGAGCAAGAUAGUUAACCUUGUUGGACUGAACAACUAUAGGGAAAACUCGUGCAGGUGCACCAAUCUGACUGCGGCGCUGGCUCUGAAGAAGGCAAUUCCAGUCACUGGAGAGGUCGUGAACAACGUGUUCAACAGGUUGGAGGGCUAUAAGCCCAUGCCCUGGAUAAACCCGCUAAAGUCGUACGUGUAUGAGCAGUUGGACAACGUUACUAGGACCGUUAACAGCAUUGAGACUCCGGAGGUAGUUGUGUGCGACUUCCACAAAAACCUGUUCAGCCACAGGGUGGACAGGACAAGGUUCGGAAAGGAUUUAUUUUGCCAGCUGAAGUACAUAAGCACCAUUGGCAUGGAAGUCCCGGUAAGGGUUGAUAAAAACGGGUUUACGAGUGGUUCAAACGUCUCCUCGUUCUUUAACGGGUUCCAUGAGCAGCUUUUGUGCGUCGGCGACACGAGUCGCCUGGGCAAGCUUGACCUGCACAACAACCACAAGUUCACAUUCAUAAUCAGGCGUGUGAAGGGCAGCAGGUACGGAAAGAACUUUACCAUCUUAAACACAACGAGCGGUCAGCACCUUUGUCUGGACAUGCUUACCCACGAGCUAAGGUUUGAGGAGGAGUGCAAGUUUUCAAAGUACCUGGUUCCUGCCAUAUUUAAGAUCAUUCCGCUGCCCGACAUCAUUGAAGCCGUUUCGAAGAACGUUUUCGACUGCUUUUCGCCAGUGGGAUCCCACUGUCCAGAUGCUAGCUUAUCUUCAGGCGAGGAAUUGGACCUUCCUGGAGAUAAAAUGGUAAGGUACCCGACGUGUAUGUCGACCACCGAUCAGUACGUUAACAUUGCUUAA